CUUGCUAGGCGGGUAACCCGCCUGGCAGCAUUGGCAGGUAUGGCGAUGAACACACGGGAAGCCCGUCGUCGCGCGUCACUAUGAACGAGUGAACAUCUAUUGCCCAUGAGGUAUCCAGUCGUGGCCGCCACGAAAUCGAUCCUGGGAGACGCGCGAGGAAAAGACGACGACGAUUUGAACGCGCGCGGCGACGGAAUCAAUGCACGACACGGGGGACAAGUGAUCGCAAGUUGGGAAAGGUGCCGAUUCGAUGAUAUGCCUUGUCUCGUGAAUGUGGUGCUUGUGGUCGUGGUCGGUUCACUCGGGUGGGAUUACUUGUUACAAACGGUGAUCGCCAGUACGGACGUCGCGAAAACCGGCCUAAUCAGUGUGGCGAAAUGUUGCGAGCCCGAGGAACUACUGCUCGACGACACGUGCACGCCAUUGACGGAAACAAACGAGACGCGGUGGCAGCCAGAAUUCAUGGAGGAGAAGGUGAACGGUAUCUCGAGAAGCAGACCGGUCAAGCCUAAUUAUCAAUUGAAAAUCGGCCGGCCGAAAUGUCAGCCGAACGAGCACCAAUGGAACGUCUAUCAUUAUCGAUCGGGGGACGAUCGUCUUGCGAUCCUGACUACCGGUGUACUGCGGCACUACACCACCGAUCUGACCAGAGGAUCGAAUGAGAACAACGGUGUUUACGGCUACGGCGGUCCCGGCGAAAUAACAGACGAGUACGACCUCGACACCGUGUCCGUUCACUACGACUAUUCGUUCGGGCACUAUUGCGCCGACAAGGCGAUUUUAAGCAGAGACAAACUGGUCGUCACGUACGCUAUGAUUUGCGUGCCUGACGUGGUCGUCGGAUGGACCGACACGAAUUAUUUAAUGAGGCACGCGAUCGAUCCCGCGUUUCACGCGAUAUCGAUAGCCAGCUACCUGGUCGUCGCUGUCGUAUACUUCGUUUUGCCGCAGUUACGUGAUCUCGUGGGAAACAUGAUAACCAGCAUGACGUUGUGCCUGAUUGCCGGCCAAUGCGCCUCCACGGUCAGAAUAUUCACGGAGUUCGGCAAUCACAUUAGUUUCAUGGUUGCCGAUACUGUACUGUAUGUCUCUCUCCUAGCCGCGUUUUUCUGGCUAAACGCUUUGGGUUAUUACGUUUGGAGUACAUUCCGUUCGCGGAACGUGUUCCUUAGAGUAACCGACGGAAGGAAAUAUUGUUACUACUCGUCGUAUGUUUGGGGCUCAACAGUUUGCAUCGCUGGCACCGCGAUAUUCGCGCACUUCGCUCUGGAGACCAGUAGACCUGUUGUUGGUGGGACUGUUUAUCCACCACAAGAAACGAUCGGUUGGCUCGGUGUUUCCGUUCUGUUCACAUCCAUCGCUUUGACGAUACUGGUCAAUCUGAGUUUCGUGUUGACUACCGCGAAUCGAAUCAAACGAAUGAAUACGUACGGUCGGAUUCACCACAAAAUGAAAUACAGCUUCAGAAUGUUCGUAUUUUUAUUCGCGUUGAUGAGCACAGGAUGGAUCUCGCUACUACUGUCUCGACUCAAUUACGACGUCCUUGUGUAUUGUCAUAUCGUUGUCAACUUGCUUCAAGCAAUGUCAACAUUGUACGUUUGUGUUUUCGGUCAGAGAAGAGUUACAUUUUUACUGGGUAAAACGUGCAACUGUUGUAACUCUGCGGAAAACAUCGAGGGUCUUGAUUGGGGGGAAGAAAUGACUGCCAUAAACGCGGGAUAUUGAAGAAUUUUAAAUUUCGUUUCGUAUUUUUCACAUUUAAAGAGAGAGAGAAAAAAAAGAAAGAGUUGCAUUAAGAUUACGAAACAGAAUGCCUGAAUGUUUUUAGUGGUAGCUAUAGUCGGCAGAUAUAUUUUUAUUUUCUUCGUAUAAUGAACGAAUGUAACACGUCCGAGAACUCUAUCGACAAUUCUGAACUACUGUAACUUGUGCCUAAAGUAUCUUUGGUACUUUCGAAUCUACAUAAAAUAUCAGCUGUUCUGUUUCUCAUGACCCGCAUUGUUUAACUCUAAACCUGCUGUUCAUGAUAACAUCAUGCUAAUGUAAAAUAAGACAUAUCAUCGAUCGGUCGUGUAUGCAUACAGUAUUAUGUACACGGUGAACUUAACGGCCAGGUGAUCCACUCGAACAGAUAAUUCUGUUCUAAUGCGAAUAACAACAGAGUAAAUCGAAACAUUGUACAGAAUCUUUAUCUACAGAGUGAGCAAAAUUUCAAAACAGAAACAUUAUAGCAAAAUAUAAUGCAAUAUGAAAUUUAAUUAGUUUCA